AUAAGAGGAAGGGAGGGAGGAAGGAAAGUGAGGCUGGCUGUGCUCUCUGCACCACACCACUCAGUCCCUCAUUAUCAUUCUAGACACUGCCUUCUCUGAGGAGAACCCUUCGCUCUGUUUGAAAUGCCAAUCACUGCUGGCUGUCUUUUCAUCCUCGAUCACACGCACUGAAAGCACAGGUGAGCGGGAGCCCCGCAGAUGCUGAGAGGAUUUCCCGCUCUUCUCCAUCCGACCAAAGUUACUCUGGAAAAAAAAAAAUUGCACGGAUAACGCUGUUUAGGAUUGCAGGAUCUUGACUAGACUGUUUUCCGUCUGUGAUCUCACCAGCAGUCUAAUCAGUGCAAAGAGGACAGAUGGGGUUCCUUUAAUCAGAGUGGUAAGGACUUUACUUCCUCUUUCCUUUUUAUUAUCUGCUGAGAUUCUGGAGUCAUCGGUCCUGCUCCAUCACAGCUGUGCCUCUCCUGGAAAAGGCAAGAACUGGACUGAGGAAGUCAAGGGUGAAGGUGGGGGAUGUUGGUGCCUGUCCCAUGUGGUUAUGAAUUGGAUCAUACGGUCACUUCUUGCAUUGUGUGAUCUGUCGUACCCCAGAUUAUAGACUUUCUGUAAACCUGUGUAUAAAAGGAUUAGUGUAGACUGUGGAAACGAGUGACUCGUGUUCCUGCUGAGAUGGCAGACAUCAGGAACGGGCAUGUCUAUCCCAUCUGCCGGGGCCAGCAGCAGUCUGGGCAAUAUCUGCUGAGUUAGGCCCCCCCCCGAGGAAACCUUCCUCCACCCUUGUGUGCCCACACACUCCUUUAACAAGAUGAACACAACUGAGCUGAACCAGAGCGCUGUGACCUUCUGCCUGCUGGACAUUGGUUACUCUCAGAUCUUCAACACAUGCCUGCUGGAAGUCAUCGUCAUCCUCUUUCUCACCGUGCUCAUUAUCUCCGGUAACUUGGUCGUCAUCUUUGUGUUUCACUGCGCACCUCUACUCAGCCACCAUACCACCAGCUCUUUCAUCCAGACAAUGGCCUAUGCUGACCUGCUGGUGGGAGUAAGCUGCCUUAUCCCAUCCCUGUCCUUGUUACACCACCUGAAAGGGCUGAAUGAGGAACUCACUUGCAAGGUGUUUGGUUACAUGGUGUGCGUGUUGAAGAGCGUUUCCAUGGCCUCAUUGGCGUGUGUUAGCGUGGACCGGUAUGUGGCCAUUACACGACCACUGUCCUAUGCAGCCUUGGUGACACCAUGCCGUCUUCGUGCGUGCAUUGCACUCAUCUGGCUCUACUCCUGUCUAAUCUUCCUGCCUUCUUUCUUUGGUUGGGGCAAGCCUGGGUAUCAUGGUGAUAUCUUUGAGUGGUGCGCGUCGUUCUGGUUCACCCAGCCACUCUUCACUGCCUUCAUUGUGGCAGCACUGUACGCACCUGCAGCGGUCGCUGUGUGCUUCACAUACGCCCACAUUUUCCGGAUAUGCCGGCAGCACACCCGACAGAUCAGCAAGCGGCGGGCACGAUUUGGCCCGCAAGAAACUGACCCAGGAGAACCUCCUGGCCCUGACAAGCGCUAUGCCACAGUGCUCUUCUGCAUCACCAGCGUGUUCUACUUGCUGUGGCUCCCAUACAUCAUCUACUUCCUUCUGGAGAGUGCUGGAAUAUACCGUCAUCCUGCUGCCUCCUUUUUGACCACAUGGCUCGCGAUCAGCAACAGCUUCUGCAACUGCCUUAUCUACAGCUUGUCGAACAGCACCUUCCGUAAAGGCCUCAAGCGCCUCUGUUUGAUCUGCAUAAAACGCUCAGACACCAAGAAACCCCCAGGAGUGCCACCAGCUCCUCUUCGCCCUGCCUGUCAUGUCUAGCGCCCAGCACAGACGUACAGUCGUAUGUUGUGUGUCGCCAGAUUGUCUCGGUCAGUGGAAACAGGCUUGUGUUGGCAUCUGGGUGGCGUUCCCAGAUCUUGUCCCAGAGUCUGGUUGUCUUCGUGACAAAUCCUCGAGGCAAAGGAGUCACCUUUCACCCUGACCGUAAGUGUCGAAGGGUGGUUAGGGCUGCUGUUUUGUGCAGCAUUGAGUAACAAUUCUUUAUGCGAAACACGACGAACCAGAAGAUGAAGAAAAAAUGUUAUGACACAAAGUGUCAAGGGUAUAUAGCAAUGAAAAAAAAAAAAUACCCUAGUUUUGUCACUAAAUGCUUACGUCAAGUCAUACAACCUCUUAAAUAAGCAGCAACAUAUUAACAUUUAACGUUGAUCAACCUUAACCAGAGUGCGCUGACGAUUCUUUGGUUUUUGGGACAUUUUUACAAAGUGUUAUCAGAGAAACCUGUGACUAAACAUGUGCCACAUUGUUCUCAUUCCUCCCAUUAGCUGUUUUUUCAGUGAUGCAGGGUCCCCCCCACCCGGAUUGUAUAACUUUUUUGCUUCUGGUCAUAGGAUGAAUGUAUGAGUGGAUCAGCAAACAAAUGAACCAUUCUGCCUGACUCCAGAUUGCACAGAGAUACACUUUUUCUCACCAGAAGACAUGGGACCUCACUGCAUCAUUCCCUCUCUGGUUUUCUGUUGUUGAAGAAAAUAUUUUGAUGAUCACCCAUGGGUGAAGUCAAUCUCAGAUGACGACCAGCUGAAGAGCCUCUGUUCUGUUGACUUUUUUUUUUUUUUCCCCCUCCUCCCUGGAUUUGCAUUAUCAUUUGAUGUCAUGUGACGUGUUUCUUCAUAUCAUGCAGCAGAUGUGUAGCACAGCUGUCUUGGCAUAUUUGGUUUACUUUCCAAAAUGGAGUUCUUGAACUAGUGCUGUAUGCCUUAUGGUAAUAUUUAUCAAAAGAAAAAGCAUUGCAUCGAUUACAAAUCAUAUGUAACACGAACCAGAGAGCGGUCUCGCUCAAGCUAUACAGCAAAAGCUAAUUGCGUCUGUAACCACAGAACAUAAGAGAUUUUGAUUUAUUUUGUAAAAACACACUUGGUUGAAGGACACAAAUAUAAGUGAGCAAAAAAAAGGACAUGAUUUGUGCAAAAAAAAAAGGCUACAUGACUGUUUGAGCAAGUCUCCAGUAUUUCCUCUGUAUUGUUAAUCUAGGCCUUUCUUUCUGUACAUAAUUCAUAAUUUAUAGUCGUGAAGGUGCCAAGAAAAUGGAGGACACUGGAAUCUGCCUCCUUGUCUCGUCGGUAUAUUCCUGCUGUGAGCGUGAAGUCAGUUUGUUGUCACACUGGUCAGAACUUCAGCGGUACUGUUUUAUUGUAGAUAGCUUUGUCUUCUAGUUGACCAAAGUGAAAUAUUUAACAGAUGUUAAAUUCCUUUUUUAUUAAAAAAAAAGCAAAACAAAAUACUGAUAAGCAGUGAAUGAAAAUGUCAUGUUUGAGAACAUGUAUGCAGUAGUGUCUCCUGUAUCGUGGGCUGUGUGUGCUUUGAAAGACCCUAUUUAUUAUAUCUUUAUCCUUAUAGAAAAACUUGUCUUGAUGUAAGAGUGUUUUAUAUACAGUAGAACUGUGAUAAAGAGAACUCUAAUUUUCUCAAGUUACAGGCAGUUUUGACCAGCAAAGAAAAAAAAAAUAUUUUUUUGUCAGUGCUUUACUGCAUGUCUGAUUUAGACUGUAUAUUUACUUUUCUAACUCCAUGAUCUACAGUAUGAUAUACAACAAUGAAGUCGUCUUUGUACUUGGAGAUGUACGAGAGUGUUUUAAAACUUAUGAAACAUGGUUUCAGACUGUUUCUUAACUGCCAUGUUAGGGCAGGGCACUGUGCAAUAUGUCUGUUUUUCGGAGGUUCUGAAGUAAAACGGCAGAACCACAUAUCAUAUACAAUAGAGGGGGGUUAAAAAAAGAAGGGCUUUUAUUUGUUCCACGUGUUCCAGCUGUGUGUUGAAAUUUCAGAUCACAAUCUAAUCUAGUGGCCUCUGGCUGUGCGCUCGGACGCAUUUGGACUGUAGCUGUAGUGUUUGAGUGAGAGUGAAGCGUAAAGUCUUAACUCCAGAGCCAUCUUUAUUUUUAAGUGCACAUGGUUUUUUGUCUGUGUUUGUUAGUUGCGUCGAGCAAAGAAACAAAGGGGCAAAGAGCUCGUUCAGAUUUUAAGGUGGUGUUUGAUUUAUUUCAGAUAAUCUCUCUGAACUUUGGAAAAAAAUGCUUGCUGAUGUGUAGAUGGUUGAGUUUAAUGUUUCCUCUAUGCUUUUGGGGAGUCAAAACCACACUCGGAAUUUUAAAUUUUUUUUUUAAAAGAACUGAUUUCAGAGGAAGGUUCAGGUGGGGGUGGGGUUCUCCCCGCUUGAAAAAUGAACAAUUAUUCAAGUAGGUGUGGCCAUAUAACAAAAAUAUACAUCACGAUACUUGAAGAUUUUAUUUUUACAAUACACACCUAUGUAUCAACAUGUGCUACUAAAUUAAAUGGUACCUUUUAUUUAAGAUCUCCAAAAACAAGUAAAAAUGUAUAA